AUGGCAGCCGUGAACAUGCAGAUGAUACCGUCUCACAUCCCCGUCGACUACAUGGGCGUUCACUCGCGUUCCACGUCCGUCUCUUCCUCAUCGUCUCAUUCUGGCUCAAGGCCCCAGUCCUCUCAUGGCGCCCUGCGCUCGAUGGCUCCCACGUCUGAGGACCUCUACCGGGCGUCCCUCCAGCUAGGUCAGCACUCCCUCAACGACCAUACCAGACAUCUUUCCAACCAGUCGCAUUCAUCUGCGUACUCACUCGCUUCCACCGACCUCGGCACUCCAGCAGAUUCCCCUCCGAAUCACAACAUCAUGAAUCCGGCCCUAAAAGGACAUCUGCGCCCAUCUCACAUCCGCGCACGUGCUGCUGCCUCACCUUAUCACCGCGACGCAGACAUCUACUCGUCUUCCAGCGAGACCGAGGAUGUGGGCAUGUACCUUGCCAAUCCCGCCGAUUUCCAUCCGCACCCGAUGUUCGCAAGCCAGCACAUGCAGCCCACCCCGGAGGCCAUGCACACCGCGGGAGCUUUCGGACGGAUGACCAUCAGCCCGGAUCAGGCGCUCGAGAAGCUGGCCGCCAACGUCCGGGCUGCGACCACUACGAGUGCCGCGGACCGGGCAAAACAGAUUUUCGUCCAGGCUUGGCUCACCGCGAACUACACUCCAUAUCCCGAUGGAAACGUUCCUCGGCAAGGACUGUAUUUUUCGUACCGCCGAGUCUGCGAUCAGUACGGGAUCCCACACAUUAACACCGCAACCUUGGGCAAGGCCAUCCGGCUCUGUUUCCCGACGAUCAAGACUCGCCGCCUGGGAGUGAGAGGUAACAGCAAGUACCACUACUGCGGUAUCCGCCCCGCCACCUCAGCAGAGGCGGAGUUCCUCCAGGACUAUAUAAGGAAGUCCAACAACAACGCAGCUCAACAAUCGGUCAAUGCGGCUCGCAACGCUACGGAGAAGGGAGAUGACGGUUCAGAUGACGAGGACGACGAGUCCGAGGGUGCCACCUCUCAGCCUCCGUCCAAGCGCAGCUCCCUUGUUUUGGGCAAGCCGAACGGGGAGAUGCCUACUUUCUCGGAAGAAAUGAGUGAGAAGACGCCGACUGCGGCCGCCAUGCUGUCCCAAGCACAAGCACAAGCGCAGGCUCAAAGGAGCAACACCUAUCCGAACUAUGCGCCUAUUCGCCGCCAUCCCACCCCUCAGGACGGCGUCCCUGGCUCUUCCCAGUCGUCGCCGUCCUUGGUCCCAUCGGCACCCGCUCCAUCAACUGCCGGUCAAGCCCAGUCUAUUUCUGUGCGCCAUUUACCACACUUCCCAAACAUCGAAGAAGCGUUGGGUUCGGGAUCUUCCGCUCACAACCUGGCCGCUCGUGAGGUGUGGGGUUGGUUCCAGGACCAUCUCGAUGCCUUGCUGGAGAGCAUCAGGUUGUUCCGGUUUGACCAAUUUGAGAUGCACGUGCGCACUUUCUGGCCCAGCCUUCAGGGCGUUCACCGAGAGUUGGUACAUGCGCCCGCGGUUGCCGGACUUAUGAACCGCGCCGACGCCAUCGUCUACGACGAGAUUCUCGAGAUCCUUAGGUCUCAGAUGUUGUCGCCAAUACCGCCUGCUUCCUUGGCCAGCUUGCGUCAGCUGGCCGAUAAGAUGGAGAAAAUCCUUCUGGUUGCACUUGAAAGCUAUGGCAGUACGUUCGUCGAACCAAAGGUAGAACUCGGCGCACGAUUCGGGCACUUAGUUUUGCGAUUCCUCGACAUCUACCAAGUCACGCAAGCUCUGAACACCGUUCUAACCAGCCAAAAGCAACUCGCCGAGAUGCGCCGCUCCUGGUCGAAAGUGGAUUUCGAAUCUGUCCGCAACCAGUCCGCACUGGUCUGCAAUUGCCGUCACGAAGACCUCGUUCACUUGCUCGAGAACGAGUUCGUCCAUCUCCUCGAGAACUUGCAAAAGAGCGCGGAGCCCGUCAGGGAUGUUAUGACAUGGGCCGACAAAUGCUGCGAGCGUCUCAUGGGUGGAGGCCGCGGAGAGGAGAGGAGUACCAUGAGUUCUCGGAGUGUUCUCAUCCGCUGGGGCUAUGUGACCAGUCAAGUAAUGAGAGACCUGACGAUUCGGAGUGAUCCCGCUUUCGGCGCUUUCCAGAUUCUCAAGCUAUUCUUAGAUGACUGGAUCGCGGUCAAUGUCCUUCGAAGCGUGGCACUGUCGACUAAUUCGGUGGCGGCCUCGGUUGAACCCGUCAUGCAGCAACAGUUCUUUGCCCUGUCGCCUAUGCCAGGCCAGGAGAGCUUCAGCCAGUCCCUCGACGUCACAGGUGCGCCGAUGAUGGCGCACACGCCGACGACUUCAAGCAUGCUUGCGGCCUUGCAGGCAGAUACGUUCCCUGCAGGCGCUCUCGAAUCGCCCUCAAACGGCUUCAAUGCUUCCGACUACGGCUUGUCGUCCUUUAUGGACACUACUGUUCCUACGGACGAUUCCAUGCCUGCUGGACAAGCUGGACUGUCUUUCGGAGACUACAGUGCCGCAGGCGCCUUUGACGUCGCUGGCUUCGCAAGCCAGGACCUGGGCAUUGGUCCUUCACCAACCUCCGGCCCAUCAGGCGAGCCUGAUGCUUCUGCCCCUGCUGCUUCGGAACAGCCAGAACUCCAGAAUUCUGAAAGUGCGUCUGCCUAA